CAGGUGACGGCUUCGGAGGAGAACGCGGGAGCGCGCCGACGAGUGCACGCGCAGGCGGGAGGUGACAGCCGGUGAACGCGCUGUGUCGGUUGGACGGAGAGAGAGCUUCGUGAGCUGGAGGAUAACAGGGAGCGCGUGCCGACAGAGAGAGGAGAAAAGUGGGCAGGGACCGACGGGAAGAGAGAGAGGGUGCAAGGCCUGGCUACCGUGGAGACAAAAAGCAAAGCAGCAGGGCGUGUGGCGGACCGGGAGCAGGCGCAGAGCGGAGCUGUGCGUCUGACUCCAUGAAAAAUGACAGAAGAGGUCAUUGUUAUUGCCAAAUGGGAUUAUAUGGCACAACAGGACCAAGAACUUGAUAUCAAGAAAAAUGAACGCCUGUGGUUGUUGGAUGACUCCAAAACAUGGUGGAGGGUACGAAAUGCAGGCAAUAGGACCGGAUAUGUUCCAUCUAACUAUGUUGAGCGGAAAAAUAGCUUAAAAAAGGGAUCAUUGGUGAAGAACUUGAAGGACACCUUAGGUCUUGGUAGGACAAAGCGAAAGACUAGCACAAGAGAUGCUUCACCAACUCCAAGUACUGAUGCAGAAUAUUCAUCAAAUGGUACCAAUGCUGAUCGAAUCUAUGACUUAAACAUUCCAGCAUAUGUAAAAUUUGCCUAUACGGCAGAAAGAGAUGACGAGCUCUCUCUUGUGAAGGGUGCAAGAGUCAUUGUUAUGGAAAAAUGUAGUGAUGGCUGGUGGCGUGGAACACUCAAUGGACAGGUUGGAUGGUUUCCAUCAAAUUAUGUUGUAGAAGAAGUUGAUGAAGCCACCGCAGAUUCCCCAAGUUUUCUCAGUUUGAGGAAAGGUGCAUCAAUAAGCAAUGGGCAAAACACUAAAAUUCUGCAUAUUGUACAGACACUGUACCCAUUUAGUUCAGUAACUGAAGAAGAGCUGAACUUUGAGAAAGGAGAAAUAAUGGAAAUAAUUGAGAAGCCCGAGAAUGACCCUGAAUGGUGGAAAUGUAAAAAUUCCAGUGGGCAGAUUGGCCUUGUUCCCAAAAACUAUGUUGUCAUUCUAAGUGACGGUCCUUCUAUAAAUAGUCCGCAUAUUAAUCAAAUAAGCUACACUGGCCCUGCUUGCACGGGACUUUUUGCUGGAAAGCCAUGGUACUAUGGAGGAAUUACAAGGCAUCAGGCAGAAUGUGCCCUAAAUGAAAGAGGAAUGGAGGGUGACUUUGUCAUUCGAGACAGCGAAUCUUCUCCCAGCGACUUUUCAAUUUCUCUAAAGGCAUCAGGGAAAAACAAACACUUUAAAGUACAGCGUGUGGACAGUGUCUAUUGUAUUGGGCAAAGGAGAUUUAAGAGCAUGGAUGAACUGGUGGAACAUUACAAGAAAGCACCCAUUUUUACUAGUGAACAUGGAGAAAAAUUGUAUCUGGUUAAAGCACUACAGUGACAUCUGAAUUAACUCUGGCCUCUCAAACUUCAAGCCUUAGUUCCAAAAAUAAAUUACUUCCAUGGAACAGAGCCAUUAUUACAAAGGGAAACAGUCUUAACAAUACAGGUUCUUCUUAAACCACAAACACUCUUGCAUAGUAUUUUUAUCUUUUUAUUAUUUGUGUUUGUUCUGUCUUUUUCUGUUUGUAAGUCAUCUUACCCUCAGGUUAAAGAAAACCUCACUUAAGUGACCAUUGUAAGCACUCACUGUCAUGCCUUGGUUUAAAGUCUCCUAUUCUGCACAUGUUUACAGUACAUAGCUAGCUAUUGCUAGCAAGAUGAGUAGGAGGCAACUUGAAACAGUGUUAAUAUGCUCUAAAAUUUUUAUCAUGGGGGAAAAAAAAAUCUUUAUUAAAAGACAUUAGGCACAGUUGACAUGCACUGAAGCUGCAGCAAAUAAUAAUAAUGUAGAUAUGCUGUAUCGGUUGUGGCUGUGAAUUUUGUAGCCUUGUUGCUUACCAGGUAGUAUACUGAGACAAUGCAUAAGCUCUAGAAACACUCUUUACACUGUAAUGUACUCUGCCACUGCAAUACCUCCUCACCUCGCAGAGUACACUAAGUAAAGUAUUGUAGCAGUACAUCCGAAAUUACUUUGGUGAAAAUGAUUGUAGUAAAUAGUUUUAUUUGGUAUGUGAUUACAACAGAAAUAAUAGAAAGUGGAUAAGCAAGUUAUUUAAUUCAAAGUUUUACAUGGAAAGUAACCAAAUGUGCCAUCCACAUUUUUUUCUAUUGCCCUCCUGCCUGUUAUAAUUAUACAUUCAUGUAUUUAAUUAUGAAAGUCAAAUGUAUGUGUAGCUGACUGUCUAUGCUAAUACAGACAAAUAAACUUUUGUUUUUU